CAGUGUGUGUGCAUAUGAUCUCCGCUUCUGUUUGAUCCAGUCAGUCCGGGUCUCGGUUCUCCGGGUCAGCAUCUACGGUAACUCUGCCUCUGGCUCGGUUCUGUAACGGUGGUCUGUCCGCAGAUUCAAUAUCUCCUUUAUGAAGGAACCGUAAGGUUUGGACCGGACCGGACCGGAUCAGAACUUUCUGUCGGUGAGAAGCCACAGCGUGAUGCGUCCUGAUGGAGGAGGAGGAGGAGCACAGUCACUACGUGGCGCAGCUGAAAGCCGAGUUCAAGAGCUGCGACACGACGGCCACGGGCUUCCUGGACAGAGAUGAGCUGACGGAGCUGUGCAGGAAGCUGCAGCUGGACGCACAUCUGCCGCUGCUGCUGGACACACUGCUGGGAGAGCGCCCAUACGGCAGGGUGAACUUUGAGGAGUUUAAGGACGGCUUCGUGGCCAUUCUGUCCCGCUGUCUGGACUUCAGCACCUCUGAGGACAACAGCAGCUACCUGGAGCCAGACAUCCCACAGGAGGUGAAACCGAAAUUCGUGAAGGGAACGAAGCGUUACGGCCGCCGUUCUUGCCCUGAAACUCUACCUAAUGCUGGCCUCAGCUGUGACUCAGAGGAGUCUACUCCAUCCAGAACUGAAGCUGCGGACUCCUCACCGCCCGGCGUCCGCAGAGCCAAACUGAGACGGUCUACUUCUCUGGAGAGUGUGGAGAGCCUGAAGUCUGAUGAAGAGACAGGAAGUGCCAGGAUCAACCAGCCGCUCUUUCAGAAUAAAGCGGAUGAGGAGGACGGAGGAGGCCGUGGUGUCCUGACAGCGGUGUGUGAUCACCUGGCUCUGCAGGAGGUGGACGAGCUGCUCAGGAGGCUGGAUGCUGACCUGGAGGGCAGAGUCACUGUCAGAGAGUUCAGUAAGGCUCUGUGGAGCUCCGCCCCUACUUUAAGCUCCACCCCUGUGCGAUCAGCUGACCUGCAGAGGGCGCUACACAGAAACCAGCAGCUUGUAAAGGAGGAGGGCCCGGUCCGCUCUGCGGCGCCCUCCCUGCUGCUGGCCACCGUGGGUCAGAGGGUCCUCAGCCGGCUGGAUGACGGGUCGGGAUGCACCAGCCCGGAGCGGGUGGCGGCACUGUGGACGGAGGAGGGGAUCAGGAACAGCCAGGAGAUUCUGCAGACUCUGGACUUCCCUCUGGAGGAGCGGCUCAGUCUGGCUGAUCUGACUCUGGUUCUGGACAACGAGCUGCUGGUCAGCGGGAACGGCAUCCACCAGGCGGCGCUCAUCUCCUACAAGACCGAGAUCCAGCACCUGCAGGAGGUGGCGGAGCAGGCCUGCAGGGAGCGGGACAAGCUGAGAACCGACCUGGACCUGGCCCGACAGAGGAACCUGCAGCUGGUCAGGGAGGUGGACGACCGCCACGCCAGCAUGGAGACGCUCAACGAGAGCAAGAUCAGGGACCUGGAACAGGACUUCAGGGAGCGGCUGGCGUCGCUGCGCUGCCAUUCGGAGCAGGAGAGCGAGGCGCUGCUGCAGCAGGUGGAGCGGGAACGCAGCGCGCUGCAGGAGGAGCUGCAGCUGCUCAGAGCGCAGGAGGCGGAGCUUCAGGAGGAGCUGAGCAGCACCGCACAGGAGAAGCAGCAUCUGGAGGACGAGCUGAACGCUGUAAAGAUGAAGCUGAGUGAAGCAGAGAGUUCAGUGCAGCGACUGCAGAGAGACCUGGACCAGCUGCUGCAUCACAAGUUUGGCAGUUUGGACCUGUCUGGCGCCACCCUGAGUCACGAGGAACGGUUCUCUGAGCUCUUAAGGGAGUAUGAGCUCCAGCGCCGGGAGCUGCAGGACAGAAAUGAUGAGCUGAGCUCUGAGCUGGAGCUGCUGAAGAGUCACAGGAGCAGCAGGAAGUCCCACCUGCCAGCAGGAGGCGACGUCAGCGAGCUGAGCUGGAGUCAGCAGCACUCAGAUGAUUCAGAGAUGAAGAGCAGCUCGUCUUCAGCGGGGAGGAAGAGACUGCUGCCGGGCGAUAAGAUGGCUCUGUCCUCGCUGGACCUCUCCGGUCCCUCUGUCAGCAUCCACACUGAGUUGGCCCUGCAGCAGCUGAAGGAGAACCAUGAGCAGGAGCUGCAGCAGCUUCAGAUCCAGCUGGAGACACAGGGUAACUACUACGAACGGCAGCUGGACAUGAUGAAGCAGAACAUUGAGGUGGAGCGGAAGGACAUCUCCCAGGCCUUUAAGCUGGAGAUCAGUGAGCUGGAGGAGCAGAAGGCUCAGGUGGAGCUGCAGGUGAAGCAGCUGAAGGAGACAGUGGACAGACUGCAGACCCAGGUCCAGCAGGGAGGAGGAGGGAGGAGCAGCGAGGUGGAGCGCAGGAUCCAGUGGGAGCGGGCCGAGCUCGAGCAGAACUACGCCAGAGAGAUCAGUAACCUGGUCCAGAGACUGAGCGGAGAGAAGGACCAGCUGGAGGCCGAGAUGAAGCUCAAGAUGGACCAGGAAGUGAUGCGUGUCAGGGAAGAGAUGCAGACGCAGCAGGAGGAGAAGAGGAGGAUGAAGGAGGAGGUCUGCAGCCUCCAGGAGGCUGCUCUGAGGUCCAGUCAGACGCAGGCAGGACUGGAGGAGGAUCUGGAAGCUUCCAGGAGGAGGAGCUCAGAGCUGCAGACCCAGCUGGAGGAGAGCAUCACUUAUCUGGAGUCUCAGGAGGUUCGGAACAAACGUCUGGCCUCAGAGAAAGGCAGCAUGGAGGGUGAGCUGCAGCAGGUGAGGAAAAAGGAGGCGGAGCUCCUGGAUCAGAUGGACCAGCUGAAGGCGGAGCUUACAGACCGUAGUUACUCCUCCUCGCUACAGACUGUCACCUUCCUCAGGUCUGAGCUGGAGAAAUUGCAGGCGGCUCCGGGGAGCAGAACCGAGUCCAUCUCCAGACUCACAACUGAACUUGACUCCUUGAAGAUGGACCGGGACCGUUUUAUCCAGGACCUGAAGGAGCAGGCCAUGGCCGUGGACACAUUGCAGUUGCAGCUGGACGCUGUCUCUGAGGAGCUGGACCAGAGGAAGAGAAGUGAGGCUGCACUUCAGGAGGCUUUGCUGGAGGAGCAGAACCGGGCUUCAGAGCUCCAGUCCAGUUUAACAGAGGAGAAAGAUGAGGUGACUUACCUGAGCCAGGAGAACAGCACCUACAUGCGGCUGGUGUACCAGCUCUCCACCCAGAUCGUGGAGAUGGAAGAGGAGAUCUCCUCCCUUAGGGAGCACCUAAGAGGCCUCAGCUUGCAGCUCAACGACACCGCAGAUCUGGUUCUGGAUCUGCGACGCCAGCUCAACUCCAGAACAAGUCGGGUGGAGCGACUUCAGUCCGAGGCUGGGGACAGGACCUCCAAGCAGGUCCUAUUUCUACAGCGGGCCUUGCAGGACUCUCAGAACCAGUUGACAAGCACCCAGGAGGACUUUGACAGGGAGAAGAGGAGGCUGGCCCAGCGGCUGAUGGAGCUGGAGAACCUAGUUCUGGACCUGGAGGAUGUGACGGAGGCGGCCAGUCCUCACAGGACUCAGCUGGAGGAGGUCCGAUCGGAAAACGCAGCUCUGCAGGAGAGGCUGAAGGUUCUGCAGCAGGAGGUCCAGAACCUGGAAGAUGAGGCUGAGAAGAAAAGGAGGAGGUUGCAGGAGAUGGAGAGAGAACAUGAGAGGAGCAGAGAGGAAGAGGAGCGGCUGCACAGAGAGAACUCGAGGUAUCGUGAGGAGGUUCUGGACCUGAGCAGCAGAAACUUGAAGCUCAGCAGUGACAACGGUGACCUCAGCAAUCGUCUCCGUGGAGAGCAGGAGUCGGUCCGGAUGCUGCAGGAGCGCCUGGCAACGGUUUCCAAGGAGCAGGACGAGGGAGCUGUUGUGCAGCGGCUGCAGGAGGAGCUGAGCUCCUUUAAGGAGAAGCUGAGCAUCCAAUCAGACCUGGAGGCGGAGCUUAGUGGAGUGAGGGUGAAGCUGCAGAAGGUGAAGGAGGAGAAGGAGAAGCUGCAGAGAGAUGCAGAGAACUGGAGCCAUCAGGUGGAGCAGCUGCACCAGCAGGUCGUCUCUAUGCAGGCGGAGGCCGAUCUGCUCCGCUUUCAGCUGCUCGUCGCCACUCAGGAGAAACUGGGCCACGCCCAGGAAGUGACGGAGCUCCACAGGAAGCUGCGGGAGGCGCUCAGUAAGGUGGAGGAGAUGCAAGCAGAUGUCAGGAGGCUGAUGGAGGAGAAGGAGGAGCUUCAUCAGAACCUCCAGGAGGAGACCCAUAUACUGAGGGUCCAGAACCAGGAGCUCCAACAGCAGCUGUCUGAGCUGCAGGUCCAGGACGUUCAAGUCCAGAAACUAAGCCAGGAGCACCAGAACCUGAGGUCCAGAUUAGACAAGGUGGAGACCGCCCGGACACAGGCUCAUGACCAGGUGCUGCGAUCGGAUGCUGCCCUCAGCGUGGCGAAGGCGCAGCACCUGCGGCAGCGGCAGCAGCUGCAGGAGCAGGUGGGCUGCAGGGAGCAGGUGGAGCAGCUGCAGCUACAGCUGCAGCUGGAGCAGAUGAGGAGUCAGCAGCUGGAGGAGAAGAUUACGCUGCAAGUCCAGCACAGCAGAUCUCAGAUCAGCAUGAAGCAGGAACAGUUUGAUAAGACCACAGCAGCGCUGAAGCAGCAGGCAGACGAGCUGGAGGUCCAGCUGAAGGCUCUCCGCUUGGUUCUGCAGGAUAAGGUCCAGGAGUUUAAGGAGCAGAUGGAGAAGAACAAGAAGAUGAGCAGCAUGCUGAAGGAUCUGUAUGUGGAGAACUCACAGCUGGUGAAGGCGCUGCAGAUCACCGAGCAGCGUCAGAAACAGGCAGAGAAGAAGAACUUUAUGCUGGAGGAGAAGGUUGGCGCGCUCAAUGAGCUGCUGAAGGAGGUGGUCGCCACUGUGCUCGCCACGUGAGCUCAGCCUGCGGAGACGCUGGCUAAUCAGCAGCUGAUGAUCCACCAAUCAGGUGUCAGAUCAUUCUGUUUAUGCUGCUGGAGCUUCUGGAGGUGAGACAGUCUGAGCUGCUGAGAACAUCAUCAAACUGGACUCAAAGCUUAUUUUUAUGUAAAUGGAGGUUUUAUUAUUUUAUUAAAAUAUUUGCUGAUUUUUCUGUCUGAACUGA